AUGAUAAAGAAAAAGAGAAAAGAAGUUCAUGAGGAACCUGUACAGAAAAAGAAAAAGGUGAAAAGGAGUAGGAGCCAGACUGUCACUAAAAUUGAGAAAGAUGUUCAAAACGUCAUUAAAAUUGAGGAUGAUUACGAGCUUGAGACAAAAACAAAGGUAAGGAAAAAGGAAAAAUUAAAAGAUGAACAUUCAGACCAAUUAGAACUGAAGAAUAAUAAGAAGAAAAACAAGAAAAAGAAAGCUGGCUCUGAAUUACUGAAACAAGCACAUUCAGAAAGCUUUGUGAAUGUAGAAGGCCAUCUGGAUUCAGAACCUAAAGAAGAAUCAGAGGAACAAAUUAAAACUGUCAAAAAGAAGAAAAAAAAAGUCCAGUGUCAUUCCUCCUUAUCAUUGGAGAAUAAUGAGAGGAGUGAUGUGGAGCUUUCAAAUCAUGCAGAUGGUACUAAUGAAAAUGAAUUUGCUUUUAAAAAAAGCAGAAAGAAGACUGCUUUGAAUUUGGAAUUGAAUGGUGAAGUAACCAAGAAAAAAAAGAAAAAAGGCAUUUUUUCUUGUUCAGUAGAGGACAUUGAGGACAGUGAACAUGAACAGUCUGAAAAAGUUCCUAAAAACCCACAAAAAUAUAUUUCACAAGAAAAACCUUUUACAGGCAAAACCCAUGGAACAGGUAUUACCCAGAAUGAUAGGGAGAGUUAUGUGAGAAGAAAAAAGAAAAAGAAAAAGAAGCCUGACUCUUUUUUGCCACUAGCAGAUAAUCAGGACAGUAUCUGUGGAGUUCCCGAUAGCCCCAUUGCAUUAAGUGACUUUGGAAAAAGGCAAAGAAAUAAUUCUCUGGAAAUUACACUGACAAAUAGAGAGGAAGAGGACACUGCUGAGAACUCUGGAAGUAGCAGAGAGACCAAGAAGAAGAAGAAGAAGAGAAGAAAAGAUAUUUCUUCCUUAACACAUAAAGAUAAUAAAGACUACAGUCACAGAGUUCCUGAUAAGCAUCUCCCAGCACAGCAAGAAAUGGAGUCUGAGGAAGAAGAGCUUUCUGGGAAAAAAAGCAGGAAGAAUAUAAACGCUAAUCAUGAAGUCAUCAAGAAGAAGAAAAAGAAGAAGAAGAAGAUUCGGAAAGAGGAGGAUUCAAAAGUUUUGUUAAAAAAUGACAGUGCGUCGAAAAGCCAAAAAAUAACACUAUUAGAAAGCACUAAAAAGAACCAAGAGAGGGAAAUGGAGCAAGCGGAAUGUGUCACAGGGGACACUGUAGAUGGGGUAUUAUGCAACAGUAACCACACACACUGUGACAGAAAAAGGCAAAAAAGAAAAAAAGAACCACCCCAGGACUCUGCUGAAGAACCGGGUUCAAAAGCAAACGCAAAAAAGUUCAAAGGAGAAGACAUGGGAAACAAGGCACUGGAAUAUGGGGAUGAUGUAACUAUUGUUCAGGAAAAAAAAGGAAAUUGCGAUGAAGUUAACAUAGACAAGGUGAGGCGGCAGGCUCUGCAAGAAGAAAUCGAUAGAGAAUCUGGCAAAACUAAGGUUUUCAGUCCCAAAGUGGACAAGGGUACAAAGUUUGGCCAGUGGAGUACAGCUGCUUUUCAAAGUUCUGAGCAACAAAUGAAGUUUUUUAGACUGAUGGGUGACUUUAAAAAGGGCUCUGUGCCUAUCCAAAAUCUCUCAGCAACUACAAACAAACCAAACAUGGCUCUGAACAGGGAAGGGGAGGAGAAGUUACAGCAGGCUCUGAAGAUGGAAUUUGAUAAAGCGAUGGACUUGAAGCAACAUAGAGGAAUUGGUCUUGGAUUUCAACCUGCUGCCAACAAAAAAGUAUACAUAGACAAAUAUACAUCCAGAUCUAUAAAAUUCAAAGAUUAAAACUCUGAAGUAAUAGAAGGAAUGAAAAUUCAACAGGCAAAUUUCUUUUCACUUUCCACAUCUUUUUACUUGAAAUAAGAUACAAAAUAUUUAAGACAUUUGAUUUAUGAGCACUUGUAGUACAAGUUGUCAACUGCCUACACCAGAGCUGAGCCCUCACUUCAGCUAAGCAGUAAAUUUUUGACACCUUUACAGUGUUUUCUACAAGGCAAGAGACAGCCUGCUUCAAAGAUUGAAACUACAUGGGCAAUGCCUGCAACUAGUUGAAACUUAGUAAAUUUUUUUAAAAAGCUGAUUUAAUAAACUUAUUUUUAGCUACAUCUCAGUGAUUCAAAAGGAUUUUGGUGUUCCAUAAAAUCUUGACAUUUUUACACUCAGUGAGUGGUACAAAGUGAUGGUGUUUUACUUUGAAGAAACACUACUGGUAUGCCUACAAAUUUGAUGAGGGUAGACUUUAAACUCAGAAAGUAGUUUCUUAAAUAUUAGCAUUGUCAUUAUAAUAAUGAAUAGUGUUGAACAUCCUCUAUAUUUUAUCUGUGCUCUGGCAGCUGGAUGUUCAAGCAGCAGCUGUUACCUAUAAAUGAAGGUAAAUGCUUUCUGGACAACAGCACUAAAUGUAUGGAUCUAGGCUUCCUAAAUUAUAGAAAGGAAGGCAAUUUUAAUCAUGUGCUUAUUGGGUUUAUUAUACAUCAGUCUGAAUGAAAUUUCUAACCUUUGGUUUUUCAGACAGUCUGCAGUGUCCCUGGCUUUUUAAUAAGAGUACAAAAUGUGAGACUGCAAUUGUGUAUGUUAUGUUCACAAUUCAAGGGUCCAAAGCACUGUCUUGCUUGAAGUUAUAAAAAGAGAGUGGAAAACCGUCAUGUAUGUUAUUACUGGCUGUGCCAUCUGUUAUGGGAAACACUGUGAACUUCUAGUGUAGCUCUGGUUUUUAAGCAGAACAAGGUGACCAUUUCUUAUGUCCAUGCCUGCCUUAGUGUAACAGUGGCCAACACGCAGAGGAACCCCAGCCCCCUAGAAUUAGGUUACUGUCUCUACUUACCCAGGUCACUUGUUCUGCUGAAUUACCUCUCGUUUUUAAUAAGAUCAUGCCAAUCGAACUACUAAAUUUCUUGCUCUUUUAAGGCAUCCUCACUUUCCUCAAUAGCCUUCUCCAGCAGACACCUCUCCACCUGAAAGCAGCUGCCUCCAGCAGCAAAUGCACUUAAAACAGCAGCUGGUUCCACUAUAUUUUGGGCAGCUCCUGAGGGGAAGUGAAAAUGAUGGAAAGGCUCCAGCUUAAGGGAUUGCUAUGAAUCCAUUCCCAUACCUGGGAUGAGGGAGAUGCUGAACCACUUCCUGCAGGGUCUUUGAGGAAACAUCUCCUUUAUGGUUUUAAAACCACCACUACCUCAGGGUGAGUCUGUUUUGCACCAGUGCUCUCAAAGUUCAGUGACUGGCUUCAGCCAGCACUUCUAGGCUCAGCUUUUGCUUUACUUAAAUCCAAGUAGUGGAGGUUCUGUUUUCUGUUCCAAGACAGAUGCUGAAUUCAGGCCCACAGCUACUUGCCUAGCAAAAAACCUGAGUUAAAAUAAAGGAACAGAUGGGAAAAUGUCAACCAGUGACUUAUUUAGGAAGAAAGGGACAGCACAUACAGCUUUCUGCUGCAGAGCCAGUCCUGAAUGGGUAGUGACUUGUCUUGCACUACCACUGACAAUAUGCUGAAGGUGAUAUUAGUUCUAGCCUUGCCUUUGAAGAAGGACUUUUAUCCCCCAUCUAGAAUUGCAUAAUGUAUACCAGUGUGUUGCUCAACUGUAGCUUUGUGGCUGGCCUGGCACCUUUCUCUUGAUAAUAAUGUACGCAUGGAAAUCCAGUCUGAAAAUCAAGACAUACCUGUGGAAAAAAACUGUCAGGUUUUUUCAAGCAGAUAAACUUGGUCUGGCCUGUAUAUUUGCUACAUACAGAAGCAGGAGGAGGUCUAUAAUAAGUAGAGUGCUUUAAAAUUAGCUUUGCUCUAACAUGGAAAUAAGCCAAAAGCAGUUUAUUAGAGUGGUUGUGUUAGCUUCUAAGCUAGAUGUUCAUAGAGUUUACUUCUGAUAACUAAGCAGAGCUUUCUGCCUGAUAUUGAGCUAUUUUUGCACUAAUAAAAACAGUAGUAAAACAUU